CCAGAACUUGUUAAAAAAAAAGAAAAAAGAAAAAAAAAAGACAGAAAGAAAGAAAAAAAAAUCCUGAAACCUCUGUAUGUCAACGUAAGCAGAUGUUGGUGUAGAAUUUACAAGGAUGAGAAGGCUAUAAAACCUCCCUUGAGCCACUCACAGUUCAUUUCAAGGCCAAGAACGCCCCCAAAAUCUGUUUCUAAUUUUACAGAAAUCUUUUGAAAUUUGGCACGGUAUUCAAAAGUCCGUGGAAAGAAAAAAACCUUGUCCUAGCUUCAGCUUCCAACUCUGAAGACAGACUUGCUUCUUUUCAACGGUUUUCACAGAUCCGGUGACCCACGCUCUGAAGUCAGAAUUAGCUAACUUUCAAAAACAUCUGGAAAAAUGAAGACGUGGUUAAAAAUUGUAUUUGGAGUUGCCACCUCUGCUGUGCUUGCUUUAUUGGUGAUGUGCAUUGUCUUACGUCCUUCAAGAGUUCAUGACUCCGAAGGAGGUACAACAAGAGCACUCACACUGGAGGAUAUUUUAAAUGGGACAUUUACCUAUAAAACAUUUUUUCCAAACUGGAUUUCAGGACAAGAAUAUCUUCAUCAGUCUACAGAUAAUGAUAUAGUAUAUUACAAUAUUGAAACAGGAGAAUCAUAUACCAUUUUGAGUAAUGCCACCAUGAAAAGUGUGAAUGCUUCAAAUUAUGGCUUAUCACCUGAUCGUCAAUUUGCAUAUCUAGAAAGUGAUUAUUCAAAGCUUUGGAGAUACUCUUACACAGCAACAUAUCACAUCUAUAACCUCAAUAAUGGAGAGUUUAUAAGAAGAAAUGAGCUUCCUCGUCCAAUUCAGUAUUUAUGCUGGUCGCCUGUUGGGAGUAAAUUAGCAUAUGUCUAUCAAAACAAUAUCUAUUUGAAACAAAGACCAGAAGACCCACCUUUUCAAAUAACAUAUAAUGGAAGAGAAAAUAAAAUAUUCAAUGGAAUCCCAGACUGGGUAUAUGAAGAGGAAAUGCUUGCUACAAAACAUGCUCUCUGGUGGUCUCCUAAUGGAAAAUUUUUGGCAUAUGCAGAAUUUAAUGAUACAGAGAUACCAGUUAUUGCCUAUUCCUAUUAUGGUGAUGAACAAUAUCCUAGAACAAUAAAUAUUCCAUACCCAAAGGCUGGAGCUAAGAACCCUGUUGUUCGGAUCUUUAUUAUCGAUACCACUUAUCCUCAGCAGACAGGUCCCAGAGAAGUGCCAGUUCCAGCAAUGAUAGCAUCAAGUGAUUAUUAUUUCAGUUGGCUCACAUGGGUUACUGAUGAACGAGUAUGUUUGCAGUGGCUAAAAAGAAUCCAGAACGUUUCAGUUCUGUCCAUAUGUGAUUUCAGGGAAGGCUGGCAGACAUGGGAUUGUCCAAAGGCCCAGGAACAUAUAGAAGAAAGCAGAACUGGAUGGGCUGGUGGAUUCUUUGUUUCAACACCAGUUUUCAGCUAUGAUGCCAUUUCAUACUACAAAAUAUUUAGCGACAAGGAUGGCUACAAACAUAUUCACUAUAUCAAAGACACUGUGGAAAAUGCUAUUCAAAUUACAAGUGGCAAGUGGGAGGCCAUAAAUAUAUUCAGAGUAACACAGGAUUCACUGUUUUAUUCUAGCAAUGAAUUUGAAGACUACCCAGGAAGAAGAAAUAUCUAUAGAAUUAGCAUUGGAAGCUCUCCUCCAAGCAAAAAGUGCAUUACUUGCCAUCUAAGGAAAGAAAGGUGCCAAUAUUACACAGCAAGUUUCAGUGACUACGCCAAGUACUAUGCACUUAUCUGCUAUGGCCCAGGCCUCCCCAUUUCCACCCUUCAUGACGGCCACACUGAUCAAGAAAUUAAAAUCCUGGAAGAAAACAAAGAAUUGGAAAAUGCUUUGAAAAAUAUCCAGCUGCCUAAAGAGGAAAUUAAGAAACUUGAAGUGGAUGAUAUUACUUUAUGGUACAAGAUGAUGCUUCCUCCCCGGUUUGACAGAUCAAAGAAGUAUCCCUUGCUAAUUCAAGUGUAUGGUGGUCCCUGCAGUCAGAGCGUAAAGUCUGUAUUCAGUAUUAAUUGGAUUUCUUAUCUUGCAAGUAAGGAAGGGAUAGUCAUUGCCUUGGUGGAUGGCCGAGGAACAGCUUACCAAGGUGACAAACUCCUGUAUGCAGUAUAUCGAAAGCUGGGUGUUUAUGAAGUUGAGGACCAGAUCACAGCUGUCAGGAGAAUCUUCUGCCUAAUGGAGAGCCAUAGAAGAGAUAGCUCAAAGAAAGAUCUACCAAGAGAUCUACCAAUUUCUCACAUAAAGACUGUGUGUGCCUUGAUGGGAAUAUGAACACCAUUGUCAGUGUUACAGACCUAAUUCUUUAAGAUUUUUUUUUUUUUUGGCACUGUGAUUCACAUCUCUUUGUAUUUAAAGCAUGUAAUAAACACCAAGGGCAUGUGACCCUAGGACCACAUCAAAAGCCGGAUGUAGAUUACACCUCAUUUGUAAUUCAACUGGAUCUUCUCCAAAAUUGGUAGAGCUAAAAAGUGGUUUGUUUUGGCACUGAUUAAAAAACAAACUUAUCUUCAUCAUCAUCAUCACAAUCUACUGAUAACAACACAAUACAUCAUCACUUAUUUACCACCAAAAUUGCAGCAUUUGACUUCAAGAAUACCUCAAGAAAUAGACCUGAUCGCGUUUCUUGGACGGAAUGAAAAUUUAAACCUGAAACCCCUGUAGAGGCCUUAAGGAAAAUUGUUAUUUCUGAUGUUCAAUAUGUGGGACAUGAAGCCACAAAUUGUACCAAUUUUCACAAUAAUAUAAAUGUCUUUGGCAUUUAGAAUUGAAGAUAGACCAGAGGCAGUAAUUGGCUACCUGUACCUUCUCUGAGCCAUUUUUAGGAUGGAAUCUGAAGAAAGUCUUCCUGCUUUGGAGCAGGCAUAUGUUCCCUCAUUUGCUCAGCCAUUCAACAACAGAUCAAAUAUUAAUAUAUGCCAUUGCCAUCCACUCUGUAUAAAAUUUUGCAAUUUAUGAUCUCUACUUUCAAUGCUCUUAUAAUCUGUAGAAUGGAUAAACUCUCAGCACUCUGAAGGGAUAGCAUUGCUGCUAGACGGAACGUUUAGUAAACAGCCUAGGGAACAAGAGGAGGUUCUGUGACCCAGGCAAAGCAUAUACACAACAGUGGAGAUGCACUUGGAGCAGGCCUGGCUUUACUUGAAGGCAUCAUUCUGCAAAAGUGAAAGGGAAGCCUUGGAACCCGAUGCUUUGAGAAAACAAAAGCUGAAAAGGAUAGAUUUAUAAUGAUAAUCCUGGGAAUAAUUCAACCACAUGUCUGCCAAGAAACAUUUUAGGAAUCAGACACUGAAUGUUUGACAUGGGAAUUGGGAUUGCAAUCCCUUUACAGUAGCCCUCAAGUUACCUUCCCACAAAAGAAUGAA